UAGAAUUUUGCAUUUAACCUUUAUUUGACUAGGCAAGUCAGUUAAGAAACAAAUUCUUAUUUACAAUGACAGCUUAGGAACAGUGACAACUUAACUGCCUCAUUCAGGGGCAGAAGAACAGAUUUUUCAGCUCAGGGAUUCGAUCCAUCAACCUUUCGGUUACUGGCCCAACGCUCUAACCACUAGGCUACCUGCCUUCCUAUAGGCUCUGGCUUCAGUUUGGGCCUCUUUCCUAGCAAGUCCCAUUCCCCUCCCGGCCUGCCUGUCGAGUUCAACAAGAUCCUCUACAAUGAGGAGGAAGACUAGUACCUGAUGCUCAGCAAGUUCAACUGCACUCACAUGGGGGUCUACGUGACCUCCUACCACAUCACCCUACGCAACCGGCCCCUGCGUGCCACAUUGGUGAUUAACUGUGUGAAGAAGCGGUGGACGCUUGACUCCCUGUAUGGCCAGGACAUCAACCAGGCAUCAAAUCUGGCUCGGCUGCGUCUGGCAGCAGAGGACCAGGUGUGUCUGGAGACGCUGAGGGACUGGAACAUAGUUUACUCCAGCAGCGAGGACUACAGUACCUUCACCGGCUUCAAGCUCUAUGCCGACCCCAUGGCCUGACCUACGACCUUGCCCGUGAACCCGGCUUGACCUCUGCAUGACAUUGACCUCUGCAUGACAACUUAUGCUGACUCUGAAUCACCUCCAAACUCUUUUCACUACAAUGAUAAAUCAUCUCUGUCAAUAUAGCUACUGCUACUAACAAUGUUCCUGCUUAUUGCUAUCAAAAUAAUCUGACUAAAUGUUUGCUGUAUUUGGAUGGUGAAGGCUGUAACACUUUAUGCAAUGUUUACACUUUCUUACAAUGCAAUAAAACACUACUAAUGCUUGAAA